CCUAACAUAGAGGGAGUCGAAGCGGGAGGGAGGACUAAUAUAUAAACAGUCGAGUCUUGGCCACGGACGGCAGCGGUGGGUCGUGGACGUCUCGCUUGGUUCACCUGUAAACUUACUUACCUUGACCAGCUAACUUUCUUCUCGACGAAACCUGACAGUCGGCAUGUGAAGAACAGUGAUCAUGACGAUGGCAACGUCACUGCUACUGUUCCUCACUGCAACAGUUUGCCUCACCGUCGCCCGAUUGCCUCAUCUUCGUGUUGGAGAGGAGACGCUGAGGGCGGCGGGGCGGUGCGUGGCGGCUGUGGCGACCAGAGUGUGGCGGCCGCGCUCCUCCGUCAUCCUCCUCACAGAUGGCAGCACCUCCCCCUCCACUGUCUUCACCGAGCUGGGAGGGCGGCUGGACGUGCCCUGGGGAAUGACGGUGUUUGAGGUGGCAGUAGAGAGCAGCAACCUAACCAAUCUGACGGAGGCGCAGCUGUACUGGGCCGUCACCCAAGCUCGCAAGGUGCGACAGGUGUCGUGGUUGGUGAUGGUGGUGGUGGUGAGCGACGACCCGACCUUCCUGGCCGCCUCAGCCGAGUGGGCCAUCAAGGGCCACCUUCUGCUGUGGGCCAACAGGUUGCUCGCCAUCACCCGCCGACCUCUCUCUGACCUCCGUCACCUCCACACUUCCUUCUCCAUGAUGAACGCCAUGUUGCUCAUCCUGGACGCCUCCUCCAGGUGCAGCGUGUGGGUGCACGUUCCGUACAGCAGUACAGUGUUGCAGGUCGCCAAGUGGACGCCCCACAGAGGCCUCUCCCUCACCACCAGCCUCCAGCUCUUCCCCGAGAAGUUCUACAGGUUCACGGAGAGACCAACGCUGUCGCUGACGACGGAAGAGUUUCCUCCACACGUGGAGGUGAGGGAGACGGGUCUAGGCCACAGGUACAAGUUCUCCGGCGCCAUGGUUCAGCUCCUGCAGCUGCUUGGUCGCUCUCUUAACUUCAGUUUUACCAUCGUGCGGCCGCCUGACGGGUCGUUUGGAACCAAGCUGGCCAAUGGCACGGCGACGGGCAUGACGGGUAUGGUGGGCAGGAAGGAAGUGGACCUGGGACUCGGUCCAUUUGGCAUCACGGCAGAACGAGCCGAGAUAGUAGACUACACGGCACCAGUCGUCAGUGACUCCCUUAGGAUACUUGGAGGUCAGGGCCGGCCCGAGGUGGACCCGUGGGGGUUCCUGCUGCCCCUGUCUCCUGAAGUGUGGGCAGCCCUGUUGGGGUCCCUCCUGGUGGUGCUGGUCGCUCUCCUGCUGCUCGCAUCGUUCUUCUCCGUCGGAUCCCCAAUGCUAUCCAUCUAUUUUCGCAUGACGAUACAGAAAAACACGGCAGUGCCGGCGGGGCGGUGGUGGGAGCGGCUGGUGCUGGCCAGCUGGAUGCUAAUGAUGCUGGUGUUGAUGCAGAGUUACUCCGGUAAUCUCAUGUCUCUGUUGGCCGUGAGGUACAUCCCUCAGCCCUUCCAGACCCUGCGGGCUCUCCUGGACUCCUCCUCCUCCACUACCAUGAUCUGGGAGUACAACACUGCUUACGUCAAUUAUUUCCGUACGUCUAAAUCUGGGAUUUUCCGCGAGGUGCACCAGAUCGACCAGGCCGGACACAUCAUGUACCUGCUGGCGACGGAGUACUCGACCAUGCUGGACCAUUUGGUACGGGAGGGACCAUACGCCUUCGUGGGCGAGGGCUUGACCAUCAAAGUCCUCGCGGGUCAAGAUUUCUCUAAAACCGGUCGGUGUGACUUCUACACUUCGCGAGAGGCGUUUAUGUCCUUCUUGUACUGCAUGAUCGGACCCAAGACCAGCCCUCUUAUCCCUUCUAUAAGCAGGAGAAUCAGGUGGAUGACAGAGGCCGGGCUGUACGAGUUCUGGAUGAGGAGCCUCAACAGGAACUCAACAGUGUGUGUUCACCCACCUUCUAAGAUCACCGUCAGGACUUCCCUCUCACUCACCAACGUCUGGGGAAUGUUUGUGUUCUGUGUUGUUGGUGACGUGGUGGGUCUGAUGGUGCUGGGCCUGGAGCUGGUCGCUACACGCCUCCACCACACCCAGAGGGCCUCGUCUCCUGUUGGUGAUGUGGUGGGUCUGAUGGUGCUGGGCCUGGAGCUGGUCGCUGCACGCCUCCACCACAUCCAGAGGGCUUCGUCUCCUGUCUCUCCUGCCUCGUGAGCUUCACUACACCCCCCUCAGACUAUCGUCUCCCGUUUCUCCUUGUUUCCGAUAGUCUCCCACACCACCACCACCGCUACCACUACCACUAUAAGUAACGUGGUGACUCUACUGGAGAUAACGCGACUUCUACGGAAGCCAACGCGGGCUUCAAUGGAGAUAGUUCGCUAUUAGUGAUAAGAGCUGCGGGACAUAAAUUCAUUUAUCUGCAUUUAAGCGAAUAGUUUCAUGGUUUAGUUGAAAGAGCAAUUAUAUUGUAGUUUACACACUUUCUCUGAUCUAUAGGAAUUUCACAGUAAAACGUUGUUUAAAACUCGCUUUUAGAGCCUAUAUAAUUAUGAUCGACAAUAAUGAUUGUUAUUUAUAAUUGCUUUUUUUUAGAGACUUUAUUUUAUAUAUUUUCAAAAUAUAAUUUUCAGUUUUGUUGACCAACCAUGGCCUCGCCCCCCACCCCCCCCUCCUUCCUCCCGAUGCUUGCAUGUAAUAGAAUUCUUCUCCUUUCCUUAUAUUAGCUCGGGCUGCCACAUGGAACAAGGAAAAAUGCGAAACAAAACACAGUAAAGUAGGAAGAAAAGCGAAUUAUUAUAACUUGAUAUUAAAUUCUGGUUUUGUGGUCAAACAAGAGACACGAAAACCUGGAAGGAAUAGUUCCAUUCCACAAACCUGAUGUGUAAAAUUAUAUAUAUAUAUAUACCUAGAA